AUGAAGUUCAUUGCAUCUUUGUUCGGGACGAGGUCCCCGAAGGCUAUGGGGAGGCAGUACAUGAAAGUUGGCAGAAACGCUCUUUUUGGUGUGACAAAUGAUAACAGUGACAAUAUUUGUACCGAAAAGGUGCCAAGGCCGCUGUCCUUGCUAAUCUCCAGGAAGGGAAAGCUCAGGCAUGGCAGGAUAGCAGCAAUCUGUCUAGGUCUUCUUGCACUUGUGAUCGGUAUAGUGCUCAGUAGCAUACCGUGGGUCGAUUACCUCAUCUUGAAACAACUACGACUGUGGAAUGGCUCGAUCUCGUUUCAAUAUUGGCAGAAGCCGGGCGUAAUUCGAUUGACCAAAGUCUAUAUAUUUAACGUAACUAACACAGAAGGUUUCCUGCAGUACAACGAGAAACCGAAACUCCAGGAAGUAGGCCCGUUCGUUUAUCGAGAGGAUAUGGAAAAAGUUAACAUCGUCUUUCAUAAUAAUGGAACUGUUAGUUAUCAGCAUAAGAAAAUUUUAAAUUUUGUACCUGAGUUGUCUGAAGAUGGAGAUAUUAAAGUGAUAGUGCCGAAUAUACCUUUACUGACACUUUCAACACAAAGCAAGAGUCUUCCUCGUUUAAUUACAAUGGGAUUGUCAAUUUUCUUGAGCGGAUUGCAUAUGAAACCCUUCAUUCCUAUAACUGCGCAGGAAUUAGUUUUCGGGUAUGACGAUCCAUUAGUUAGCCUAGGCCAUAAAUUUCUCCCCAAAACAAGACGGCCCAUGAGUAGAAUGGGACUUCUUCUUGGAAGAAACGGUACAUUAAGCGAGAUAUCUACGAUAUUCACUGGACAUACAGACAUGAAAGAGUUCGGUUUGAUAAAUCGAUUGAACGGACUCGAUCAUUUGCCAUACUGGCCAAACGCACCGUGCAAUUCUCUUACAGCUUCGGAAGGAUCUUUCUUUCCGCCACGGGACCAGACUGGCGCGGAUAUCGUUCACAUUUGGGACAAGGAUCUCUGUAGGACACUUCCGUUGCAGUAUCGAGGUCCGAUAGAAAAGGCUGGUAUUAAGGCGGAUUUAUACACUCCUCCCGAUAUACUUUUUACUCGAAAUGAAACAGCUACAGAAGAUGAUGACUGCUUCUGCUCGGAUGGCAUUGACACUUGCCCUCCGGAAGGCUUGCAGGAUAUCAGUCCAUGCCAAUACAGUGCACCAGUAUACCUUUCGUUUCCACAUUUUUAUAAGGCGGAUCCUAAAUUGUUAGAUGCUAUUGAUGGACUCAAACCGGUCGAUAACUUGCACGAAACAUAUUUCAAAAUUCAGCCAAAACUAGGGGUUCCAAUAGAAGCAAAGGUUCGUGUCCAGUUGAAUCUGAAAAUAGAACGACAAUCCAAUAUCGCGGUGGUCGCGAAUUUCCCUGAUAUAGUAUUCCCAAUUAUGUGGCUCGAGGAAGGUGUAGAAGAGCUUACGCCAUCCAUUAGAAGAUUUAUUUACCUGGCGACCACGUUUGCCGACAUCGCUGUGCCUUGCUUGACGUAUGGCAUGAUUCUAGUCGGACUGACAGUCAUCAUCACGGUAUUCGUAAAGGUGUAUAAUAGUCCGAUAUUGGCGCAUGAGGCGAUCGAGCUUGGCAAGAGGACCAUCAGAAGAGGAUCGUCUUUCUUAACAACUAGCCAACAUCGAUUGUUGGUCGGUCGGGACUCUUAUAUCUUACUAAGCAAUAAUGAUGACGAGAAACAGAGUAUAGAGGUAUGA